AUGCUGAUGUGCCCAAGCUUGGGUAGGGACAACAAUUUCAACCCGAAUUGCAGGCUUGAUGCAUCUUGUAUCCUUUGUGGUCAUGUGGUCAAUACCGUAAUUGCUGCAUAUUUUGUGGUCAUGGCAACUCAUGGUAGCAUGCCAUCAGAUCUUAACCCCAUACAUGGCUUUGAGUUUCAGUACUUCUUUUUUGGGCCAACUUAUGAAUUUCCUCACCCAUUGGCGCGUGUACCUCAAAGCGCUGGUUAUUGGCUCUCUUAUAUACUUGUAGAUUUACUGAUCUGGUGGGGCAUAAGAGGAUACAUUAAUGACUUCAGGAAAAAGAAGUUGAAGCUUCCGUCUAUUGCAUACUUCAGCAUGUUCAAUGGGUCAAUAUCUCAUUUUCCAACUGGCUACAUGUGGAGUCCCCAUGUUGUACCAAAGCCGAAUGGUGAGGAUUGUUUAUUCCUCCGUGGGGGUGGAAUUUAUUCAUGCACUGAUAAUGGGAUUUAA